AUGGCUUCCUCAGAGAGCAGCAGGCAAGGCCCUGCGCGCUACCCAAUGGUCUUGGGCCUCAACAAGGGCCACGGGGUGACGAAGAACAUCUGCAAGCCAAGACACAGCAGGUGCCUCGGGGCCCUCACCAAGCACACCAAGUUCGCAGGAGACAUGAUCCGGGAGGUGUGCAGCUUCACACCCUACGAGCAGCGCGUGCUCCAAGUGCCCAAGGACAGGCGAGCACUCGAGUUCAUCAGGAAGAGGGUAGGCACGCACAUCCGGGCCAAGAGAAAGCAGGAGGAGCUGAGCAAUGGGCUGGCAGCCAUGUGGAAGGUGGCGGCUGAGAAGGAUGGAUGA